UAAAAGCUUGCAUUCUCGCCCAUCUCAGCUUGUCACAUCUUGACUUGUUUCGUCCAACAGCGUCGUAAUUUCAACACAUUGAUUCUUAGUCAUUUGAUACAAGACACCACCACCAAGUAGUCGAUUCAAUCUCAACGGCCGAAUCAAGAGACCCAAUCGUGGGUUGUAUAUCACAUCGACGUACAACUUCUAGCUGCCGAAUCGUUCGGUCCAAGAAGGCAUUCGAGACGAACUCUCCGUCCUUACAGCAGACCACUAUUGCACAUUGAGACCCUACUCACGAUGAAGGUUAUCCUUGCUAUCAACGCGGGGUCGAGCUCUGUCAAAAUCUCGGUCUACUCGGCCGAGACCAAGCAACCACCCCACCAGAUUGCAGAGACAUCCAUCAGUGGUCUGACGGCUCCACCAGCUCAAGUCUCUUACACCCGCGGCGGUGUUGAAGUCAAGAAGAAUGAGGAUCUGGAGGAGAAAGUGUCUACACAAGAUGAUGCUUUCAAGGUGCUUCUAAAGACCCUGAUUGAUGACGCAGAACUGCCCGAGAUCAAGCAAAAGGCCGACAUUGCCUUGACAUGUCACCGCAUCGUGCAUGGAGGCGACUAUCCGUGCUCCCAAGUCAUCACCCAGGACACAUAUCACCACCUAGAGGAGCUCAGCGAUCUUGCCCCGCUGCAUAACGGCCCGGCCCUUGAUAUCGUAAACUCGUGCGUGGAGCAGCUGCCCGACGCUGUCAACGUUGCAUGCUUUGACACACAGUUCCACUCUACCAUCCCCGAGCACGUCCGCACAUACCCCAUCAACCAAGAAAUUGCCAAAAAGAACCACCUCAGAAAGUUCGGAUUCCAUGGCGUCAGCUAUUCCUUCAUCACUCGGUCCGUCGCCGAGUUCCUCGGCAAAGAGACCAAAGACUUGAACAUCAUCGCUCUUCAUCUGGGAAGUGGUGCAAGCGCUUGCGCCAUCCGAAACGGCCAGAGUUGGGAUACAAGCAUGGGAUUGACGCCCGUUGCCGGCUUGCCCGGAGCCACAAGAAGCGGGAAUGUAGAUCCGAGUCUCGUCUUCCACUACGCGAGUGACGUUGGAAAGCUCUCCCCUAAUUCAACGUCAAAGUUGCAUCUUACCGAGGCUGAAGAGAUUCUUAACAAACAAAGCGGAUGGAAGGCCCUGACAGGAACGACCAACUUCGGUGUCAUUGCUUCUUCGGGCGAGCCUACGCACAGACUCGCAUUCGACAUUUUCGUUGACAGAAUAUGCGCUUUCAUCGGCUCCUACUUUGUCACCCUCCACGGCGAUGUGGAUGCAUUGGUCUUUGCCGGUGGCAUCGGUGAGAAGAGCGAUAGGCUACGCAAACGCGUCGUAGAACAGUGCACCUGCCUCGGCUUCACCAUCGACGACGACCUUAACAGCAAAAAAAUUGUCGAUACGGUACAGGAAGUCGGUAAGAACAGGGCCAAGUGCCGUACGCUGGUCUGCCAAACAGAUGAGCAGUAUGAGAUGGCAAGACUCUGCACCGAGAAGGAGGAACUCUGGAAGCAGCAGUAGUCUUCAGCUCGUGUCAAGGGGCAACCGUAGGUUUCUCAACAAUCGCGAUGAGUUGUCGAUGUUGCGCAGGUCUGCUCCGAUGAUGAAAGCCACUGGCGUUAUGGGGCUGGCGCAACAGUCCUGGGUUGAGACAGACGGAUAGAGGUACCAAUGCCGGAGGCGGUGGUCCAAAAGCUACAAUAUAGACUUAAUAGAGAAAGACGAAAACGUCCAUCGAAUUGAGCCGCCCUCGAGGCCAUUUGAACAGCCAGAGCCAAAACACGCCCAUGUGCCCAUACGCCCUAGCCUUAUUGUACGC